AUGUUCAUCCAGGAUGCUCUAAACUCGGCGAGGUACGCACAAGAUGCCGUGAGUGAAAAAGUUCGAUUGUACCUGGCGACAUCAAGUAUAUCUCCAGUCGGCGUUAAGCCUCUUCGAAGGAGCUAUUCCAUAUCCGACCCUAUUCCUGACACCGAAAACACCGGAACUUCGGUACUUGAAUGUGUGCCCUUGGAGACAGACAAGAAUGGGAAUUUCUUCGACCCUUCGACUGGACGAAUAGUGGUUCUUAAAGGCAUUAAUGUGGAUGCGCAGAUGAAGUUACCAGUGGAACCAUACAUGCCAUCAUAUAAAGGAGACCCAACAAAUCCGAACGACAUUUUCUUCGAAGGAGACACUGUAUCAUUUGUAGGGAGACCAUUCCCCUUGGAAGAGGCACGAUCGCACUUUGAAAGAAUCAAGAGCUGGGGUUACAACACAAUACGGUACUUGUUAACUUGGGAAGCAGUUGAACAUGAGGGUCCAGGGAAAUAUGAUGAGAAAUUUGCCGACUACACUUUGGAAAUGUUGAAGAUUAUUGGAGAGGUGGGUGGUUUGUAUGUUUUCCUCGAGUUUCAUCAAGAUGUUUGGUCGAGGUAUUCAGGCGGUAGUGGCGCACCUAUGUGGACAUUUUAUGCUGCUGGACUUGAUCCUAAGAAAUUCACCCUUGCUGAUUCGGCCAUACUCCAUAAUGAGCCUAGGUUUUGCGAUGGCAGUGACGUGUACCACAAAAUGUUGUGGACGUCAAACUACAAACGCUUGGCCCCUUUAGUGAUGUUUACGAUGUUUUUUGCUGGCAAGCACUACUUUCCAAACUUGAUAAUGAAUGGAGAGAAUAUACAAGACUUUUUGCAAAAUCAUUUCUUGGGAUCAGUUGAAUUCAUAUGGAAACGAGUUUGUGAAGGUGUACCUCAUUUACUUGAUAACGGAACGAUUUUAGGCUUUGAGUCAAUGAAUGAGCCAAACUGUGGCUUGAUAGGGUAUCCGAAUAUUGGCCAAUUGCCAGACUUUCAACAGCUACGUGUAGGCACUACACCCACAGCAUUUCAAUCAAUGAGGCUUGGUAUGGGGUUUGCGUGCGAGGUUGACGAGUAUAGGAUAACGGUUACUGGGCCGAGAAAGUAUGGCACAAAGAUUGUUGACCCAAAAGGUGCCAAGGCAUGGCUAACCGCGCAAGAUGCCGCAGCUAUUGAUGCACGUUAUGGAUUCAAGAGAGGUAAAGAGUGGGAGUUGGGGACUUGUAUAUUUGCCGCACAAGGAAUUUGGAGCUGGCCACAAGUUGUCGGAGAAAUGGAAGCAAUGUCACAAGAGCAGAGACUUGAUGUCAGUUCAAAAUGUAAAAUCUUGGAGCCUCAUUAUUUCAGCAAGUCGAUGCCUCAACAUAAUUACGAACUGCACAUAUCUACAGUGGACACUCACACGUUCGUUAAUGCCCAUUUUAGUGACCACAUUGUCAAGUUCAAGAAGCUAAUUCGUCAAUACAGACCAGACGCGUUUGUGAUGCUUCUGACACCAGUUUUGGAGGAACCUCCACAUUUGAAAGAUGACAAGCGAGGCAUCAUUGAUGACAAGGUGAUCUACUGUCCACAUUACUAUGACGGUUUAUCAUUAAUGCACAAGAGUUGGAAUUUCAAAUUCAAUGUUGACACAUUGGGCAUUAUGCGAGGAGCAUAUUUGAACCCGGUGCUUGGUAUUGUGUUUGGAGGAAGGGCGAUUCGCAAUUGUUUUCAAAAACAGUUUUGUGAAAUGAGGCGGGAGUGCAACGAGCACUUGGGGAAAAUACCCAUACUCAUGUCAGAAACAGGAAUGCCAUUUGAUAUGGACGAAAAACGGUCUUACAGAAACGGUAAGUAUAUUUCACAAACAGCUGCGAUGGACGCCUUGUGCAGUGCAUUGGAGAGCGCCAACAUGUCACACACAUUCUGGUGUUAUGAUAGUUGCAACAAUCAUAAAUAUGGGGAUAACUGGAACAACGAGGAUUUCUCCUUUUGGUCUCCCGACGAUCGCAAUUUGACAUUUGAUGAUGAAUGCGAGACGCCUGAAAUUAGAAACGAGACUGAAAGUGCUGGUCGAGCUAGAACAGCUAAAGCGAUUAGAAAAGCAAAUAGGAAAUUAAAGAGAGCAGCCAAAAUGGGCCGCUCUGGCUCGGUUGACAGUACCACGUCAACCACAUCAACCACGUCAACAUCGUCAAGUGAUGGCUACACUGACAUGGAGUCUAGUUCGACCUCACUGUCGUCGUCUGUGAUUUCAUCCACAAGCUCAAAUGUGUAUCGCCGACAAUAUGGAAAAUGUUAUCCUUCUCCAGAUGGAGUCAGAGCACCCGGUGCGGUGAUAAGACCAUAUUUGAUGGCAUCGUUGGGCAGAAUCGUUGCGACAGAAUUUGACAUAAAAUCGGUAAAGUUGUCACUUCAGAUUAUCGUCGAUAAGUCGGAUCCUAGAGUUGAGAAUACUCCUACAAUCAUAUUCGUGCCAAAGUGGCAUUUCCCAUUUUUGGACUAUGGAGAUGUUUUCUUGACUUCGGGCUACAUUAAAUACAACGAGGAGUUGCAGUACAUUGAAUGGUACCAUUGUAACGAUCCAUCACUCAAGGAGGGUGGUGCAACAUCAAGCGAAAAGGAGACUUCAAAGAUGAGCACGGAAACCAUCAUUAUAAAAAACAAUAGCGGCUCUUUAGAGGACGCCAAGACAAUAGAGGAUAAGAAAUUAGGAUGUGCAAUUACUUAG